CAGCAGCAAAAGCAUGUCUGUGGAACUCAGCGAAGGCCUUCUCAAGGCGAGCAAAGCCGUCCAGCCGAUGGCACACUUACGUCUGCAUUGGAUGUCACUCCCUCUGUGUCCUGGUCUGUGUGAGUGCAGGGCGGUGAUUCGAGUGAGGCGGCGACACAGAGGCCGACGCGCGCCCCGACGGAUGAGGGGACUGUGCGGACGAAAUCCCACGUGCAUUUUCUUGACCUCGAUGACCGACCGUCAGAACGGGCCUCGACUGUCUCACACUCCACACAGGGGAUGGCUCUCAUACCCUGUGUGAUGGCUAUGAGAGCAAGGAUAAUCAAACACACGUACCUUGAGAUCACAAAGGGUAAGUCAAGGCAUACGUGCGAAAAAGACAUUGACUUCAUGGCACUGUUUUGCUCAUUGCAGGUGUGUUGGCGGAGAAGGAGGCGACGAUGGCCGAGCUGCUCCGGGGUGUGCACCAGCACAACAAAUACAACGUGGUCGAAGACAAGUGAGCGAAUGGCUGGUGAGUUGGACGAUGCAUACUGGCUGGCGCGGGCUGUUUCAUGCAGGGCAUCAGGCGCUCUCAAAAUUCGCGAUUUGCGACAGAUAUUCUCGGACUUCAGUGGCAGCCAAGCUUCUCUGGAGGUGCGACGGAACUGCAUCCUCAUCAACCUCCCGCCCAUCCGUGCCAUCAUCCUCCACGACACAGUACGGAUGGAUGGCCAUUCACAGUCAGGCACCAUUAAUCAUUCCCGCCUUUCAGGUGCUGAUAUUCCCCCUGGCUGGCGGUGAGGCUUUAUCUGCCCAAGAGGUGCUGCACCGGAGGCAGUCAGUGCUGACACUCGACAUCAGCUUCGAGACUCUACUUCCUGGUCUCAUAGAGGAGAUCUUCCCAGAGCACGACGAGAGGGCGCCGCAGCCCGAAGAGGAUCAACGGAUGACCGCGGUGCAGAGGCAGCAGGGCGGGAGGAUGCCCACAGCGUCUGGCGCCUCGCCUCUUUGUGGCCGCUGCUGAGUGACGUGACCGUUGCGCCGGUCAAGGAGCGUGACGGCAGAGAGGGGCGGGAGGAGGCCGAAAGAAAGCGAGCCAGCAAGAUCAGAGACUGCAUUGACAACGUGCUGCAAGUCUCCAAACAAAAGGUGUGUCACACAAAGAAAGGAGCAGGGAGACAGACAGACACGACGCCUCUGUGGGUAUGUAUGCAUUGGCCUCACCAGCACGGGGGCCUUUUGUCGAUCCCCUUUGAGUUUGCGGUGCUCGAGGCCAUUCUUGCAGAGGUUGUGGCCUUCCUGCAGGGCGACUUCAAGCCAAUCAAGACGGCCGUCGGUGAGAGAACUGGCCGCAUACACGGGAGCCGAUAAGGCGACCUGCACUGCUGAGUGCAGAUUACGCAUGCAGCGAGUUGGGGAGGAGCCAGGAGAGCUUCGCGUCGACGCGCACUGUGGAAGGGGUCAACCGCCUGAAGACUUGCCUCACUGCCCUGUCAUUCCGCGUCAAGGGCAUCAAGACGGCGAUCUCUGAAGUGAGUGGCUAAAUGUGACCUCUGUGUCAAGUGCACGCGUGUGUAUCCAUGUGUCCAGCUGCUGGACAACGAUGAGGAUAUGAGCAGGCUCGAGAUAUCCCGCUUCUACGAGGCAAGCCGAGGCAGAAAGGACACACAGAGAGGAUGGGACUAUUUUCUUACUCAUGCAUGCGCAGAGACCGAACGAGCGUCCAGUGCCGGUCCGCCACGGCAGCAUGAUGUUCGGCUCCAGCAUGGACAGGCGGCAGACCGCAGUCUCCCCAGUUCACGAAGAGCAGUCUUUUGCUGCCGCUACGGCCGCUGCCAGGGCUGCUGCGAUUGCGUCUCCAGGCAUACACACACACCUAUUACGGCCACCCACAGAUUCACCAGACAUCCAUCUGUGCGUCGGUGUGUGUGUGUGUGGCCUGGCUUGGUCCUUCCGUAGGUGUUAGUGAGGGUCAGAGCGGCGAGGGUGGUGUAGGUGGUGAGGGCGAGGAGUAUUCUUUGGAGGACGUGGAGCUUUUGCUCGAGUGCUAUAUCCAGGAGGUCCAGCUGCUGGAGGGCAAUAUUGCCCAUCUGCAGGAGGUCAGUCAGUCAGUCUGUGAGACACACAGAGACACGGCCACUGUGACUCAUUGGAUUGGUCAGACAUUGGACGACGUCCUUCAGCUGAUGAACCUGAAUCUUGCUACCGUCAGGAACAAGGUCCUGAAGGUCGAAGUAGGUAAGUGAUCAACCCGGCGAAGCACAAGUUCAGUCAUUCACGGCCUCUCUUUGUCGUGCAGGUCUGAAUGUGGUUAGCGUUCUGGUUGGCUUCGGGGCGUGCAUAGGGGGUGAGUAAUUAUGGGGAGGGGACAGAUGGAUGCGAUGCGUUCAUGGCCUCUGCCCUGUCUGUCUACAGGCCUCUUUGGCAUGAACCUUCGGUCAGUGACGACACACAAGGGAGACACAACAUGUCCAGGCCACGUGUGUUUAUGUUGCAGGAGCGAGCUCGAGGACAGCAUCUCCAUGUUCUAUGGGGUGAUGGGCGCCACGAUCGGCGUGUGUGUCAUCACGGCAGUGGCCGUAGGCGUGUUUCUCAAGCGAGCCCUCACUCUCUAGGCCAUGCGCGAACGCGGACCUACUUAGG